AUGUCGUCAGUUGUACAGAGCGAUACAAAAGGCUCACCUUCUGCUUUCUUAAAGGCAAUCGUUGGGAAGAGUGUCGUCGUUAAACUCAAUUCUGGUUUAUUAUACACCGGUAUCUUGCAAUGCUUAGAUGGUUACAUGAAUCUGGUUAUUACUGACGUAAGGGAAUCUUCUGGUAUCGCUGGUUCUCCAAUUACUAGCACAUAUGGUGAAGCAUUCAUUAGAGGAAAUAAUGUACUAUAUAUAUCGGCCGCAGAGGCUUUGUAAUUUAUUAAUACACAAAAGUAGCUUUA